UAAAAAUGCUAAUUGAUUGGCCGUUUAUCUUGUAUGUUUUGAUGAAUGAUGCGAGCUCUAAUAAUUAUAAAUAAUUCUGUUAGAAGUGGUUUUGUUAAGUUGUGAAGUGACUGUCGUUCGGUGGGUUUGCACUUAAUAUUAAUGUUAUUUUAAACAGUAUAGCGGUUAGAACAUGAAAGGAUCUGAAGGGAUUAUUCUCAUAUCCUGCUUUUUAGCAGGAUUUGCUUACGGAGGAGUGUUACAAGUAAAACCAUCCAAAACCAGAGAAAUAAUAAGCCUGGAUGGAUUAUGGCACUUUACUAUGAAUGCUAGUCUUGUUAGCAACAUAGAAGAGGCUGAUGAUUUAGAAGUGAAUCUUAUGCCAGUACCCUCCAGUUAUAAUGACAUUUCCACAAAACUUAACGUAAGGGAUCAUGUUGGUGCUGUUUGGUACAAACGCACUUUCUUUGUGCCAAGUUCCUGGAAAAAUAAAAAAGUUUGGAUACGGUUUGGAUCUGUUUGUUAUAAUGCGAGCGUGGAAAUUAAUGACAAUAUAGCAGUAACCCAUUAUAUUGGUCAUUUACCUUUUGCUUCUGAAAUUUCUUCCUAUUUAAACUUUGGUGAUGAAAAUACCAUUAUUGUGGAAGUAAAUAAUAUAUUAACGAAUAUUUCAAUACCACAAGGAUCAGUUGAGACACUUUCGAGCGGAAGACUAAAGCAGACCUACACUUUCGACUUUUUUAACUAUGCAGGAAUUGACCGUCCAGUAUAUCUUUAUACGACAAGCGAUGCUUUUGUUGAUGAUAUUGAUAUUAAAACCCAAGUAAAUGGAACAACUGGGCUGGUCUCCUAUGACGUAGCUAUAUCAGGAUCUACUGCAAACACAAACAUCCAAGUUAACAUUUUAGAUAAAAAAGGACAAAUAGUAGGUUCAUCUCAACAAUCAUCAGAUCUGGUCAUUAUUGAAAACGCGAAUCUUUGGUGGCCAUAUCUUAUGCAUGAUGAACCAGGUUACCUUUAUAAUUUAGAGAUACUGAUUAAAGAAAAUGAUGUUCUAAUUGAUCACUAUAAGCAACCAUUUGGAAUAAGGGAACUGAAAUAUGACAAUACCAGCUUCACUAUUAAUAGAAAAAAUAUUUAUAUCAGAGGUUUUGGUCGGCACGAAGACUCAGAUAUUCGAGGCAAAGGGCUUGAUUUACCUCUGAUAAUACGUGAUCAUAACCUAAUCAAAUGGAUUGGCGCUAAUUGUUACAGGACUUCUCACUAUCCAUAUGCUGAUGAAAUUAUGGAUUUGGCUGAUCAGCUUGGAAUUAUGAUUAUUGACGAAGUACCAGCAGUUAACACAGAAAAUUUCUCAGAUGAGCUUUUGGAAAACCAUAAAAGGUCUUGGACUGAGCUUUACAAAAGAGACAAAAAUAGACCAUCUGUGGUAAUAUGGUCUAUAGCUAACGAACCAAGGACUCAGCUAAAUGCUUCUGAGGACUAUUACAGGCAAGUUGCUGCUCACGUCAAGAGUCAUGACGUAUCAAGACCAAUAACAAUUGCUAAUGCCCAAUUAUAUGACGUAGAUCACUCGGGUCAAUUCUUGGAUAUCCUGGGCGUUAACAGAUAUGAAGCUUGGUACCAUAACGUAGGAGAAUUAGACGUCAUUAAAGCAAAUGUCAUACAACUAGCAAGGGCUUGGCAUGAUUUGCAUAAUAAACCAGUCAUAUUUACUGAAUAUGGUGCUGAUGCAGAACAAGGACUAAGUUUUCUUCCAACGUACAUUUGGUCAGAAGAAUACCAAACAGCCAUAAUGGCGGAAUAUUUUAAGGCAUUUGACGAGAUGAGAAGCGAGGGAUGGUUCAUAGGAGAAAUGAUAUGGAAUUUUGCUGACUUUAAAACUGAUCAAGAUUAUACUAGAGUGGGAGGCAAUAAAAAGGGAAUGUUCUCAAGAAGUCGUCAGCCGAAACAGUCAGCAUUCCUUCUAAGGCAAAGAUACUGGGCCCUGGCACACCAGUUGAAUAAUGUCUCAUUACCAGAUGAUUUGCAAUCAUAUGUUAUUGAUAAAAGUUAUGAUAUUGAGCAGCAGGGACAAUGUAAAAGUAAUCCAACUGUGAUUCAUAUAAAGUAAUGUUUCCUAGGAGAAUAUAUCAGAUUAAUUAGUAGUUAAAUGGGCUAAAAUUAGCAUUUAAUGAAAAUUAUGUUUCUAUUAUAAAACCUGAACCAAAUCAUUACUUAUAAGUUAAUAUUUUAAUAAAUCUUGAAUUUGAAUUUAAA